AUGCUUCCUCGACUGGCCCUUCGAAUCGCCAAACCCGCUCAGGGUGCUGGCUUUGUGGCUGCUAAGCCUGCCCACUCCCUCCUCCAAGCUCGAUAUGUCUCCCAGAAGGCAUUUGCUGGAGGCAGCAGGGGUCGAGACAUGCCCAAGCAGAAGUACCGAACUCCUUCUUCCCCCGACGCCGUCAAGCACUCCACUGCCACUUUGACCAUUCAUGAUGGUCCCGUCUUCCAUGGCAAGCCCUUCGGCGCCAACAACAACAUUUCCGGCGAAGCCGUCUUCACCACCUCCCUGGUCGGCUAUCCCGAGUCCAUGACCGAUCCCUCCUACCGAGGCCAGAUUUUGGUCUUCACCCAGCCCUUGAUCGGCAACUACGGUGUGCCUUCGAACGAACGAGACGACUACAACCUUCUCAAGUACUUCGAGUCCCCCCACAUUCAGUGCGCCGGUGUCGUCGUCGCCGACGUCGCCGAGCAGUACAGCCACUGGACCGCCGUCGAGAGCCUGAGCGAGUGGUGCGCCCGUGAGGGUGUGCCCGCCAUCUCCGGCGUUGACACCCGUGCCAUCGUCACUUACCUCCGAGAGAAGGGUUCGUCUCUCGCCAGGAUCACCGUCGGUGAGGAGUACGACGCCAAUGAGGAUGAGUCCUUCCUCGACCCUGGCCAGGUCAACCUCGUCAAGAGGGUUAGCACCAAGGCCCCCUUCGUUGUCGAGUCCCCCGGCGCCGAGUUCCACAUUGCCCUGAUCGACUGCGGUGUCAAGGAGAACAUCCUUCGCAGCCUCGUCAGCCGAGGUGCCUCCGUCACCGUCUUCCCCUACAACUACCCCAUCCACAAGGUCGCCUCCAACUUUGACGGUGUCUUCAUCUCCAACGGCCCCGGCGACCCGAUCCACUGCCAGGAGACCUCUUACAACCUCGCCCGCCUCAUGGACACCUCCGAGGUCCCCAUCAUGGGCAUCUGCCUCGGCCACCAGCUCCUCGCCCUCGCCGUCGGUGCCCGCACCAUCAAGCUCAAGUACGGAAACCGCGCCCACAACAUCCCCGCCCUCGACUUGACCACCGGCCAGUGCCACAUCACCAGCCAGAACCACGGUUACGCCGUCGACGCCAAGACCCUCCCCAGCGACUUCCAGGAGUACUUCGUCAACCUCAACGACGGGAGCAACGAGGGCAUGAUCCACAAGACUCGCCCCAUCUUCUCGACCCAGUUCCACCCCGAGGCUAAGGGUGGACCGAUGGACAGCUCGUACCUUUUCGACAAGUACCUCCAGAAUGUGCGGGCCUUCAAGGCUAGCCAGGCCGUAUACAAGGACAACAGGCCCACUCAGCUCAUGCUCGACAUUCUCAGCAAGGAGCGUGUUGGCGUCGAGCCCACUCCUCUCGCCUCGGCUUUGUAA